UUGCGGAGGGGGGAUACGCGGCUGCCCGGUCCUUCCCGGUUUCCCGUUACGACGGAGAUGGAGCGGCUGUGCGGAGCGGAGCGCCCGUUCUGGGUAGCCAACGAGACGCUCCACACAGACCAGCCAGACCUGCCGCAGUGUUUCCAGCUCUCCGUGCUGUCAUGGUUGCCGUGCAUCUACCUGUGGGUGGUCAGCCCCAUCUACAUUUUUUAUCUCAAGCAGAACAACAAAGGAUACAUCAUGAUGUCCAUCCUCAAUAGGUUCAAAACGGUGCUCGGCCUGUUCCUCUGGAUUGUGUGUUGGAUCGACCUCUUCUAUACGUUCCACGAGCUCCGGCAGGGUCAGGGCCAGCCGCCCAUCUACUUCAUCACCCCGCUGGUGCUGGGCAUGACCAUGCUGCUGGCCACGUUUCUGAUCCAGUUUGAGAGGUUGCGCGGAGUUCCGUCCUCAGGGGUCCUCUUCAUCUUCUGGUUCCUGUCUAUGCUGUGUGCCAUCGUGCCUUUCCGCUCCAAGAUCCUAAAAGCCUCCAACGAGAGGGAAGUCACAGACAAGCUGCGAUUCACCACGUUCUACAUUUACUUCGGCCUGGUCGUCAGUCAGCUGAUCCUCUCCUGCUUUAACGAGAAGCCUCCUCUUUUCUCCAACAUUGUCACCGACCCUAAUCCAUGCCCCGAGACCACAGCAGGCUUUCUCUCCACCAUGACAUUUUGGUGGUUCACGAGUUUGGCCAUUAAAGGCUACAAAAUGCCCCUGGAGGCCAAAGACCUCUGGUCCCUGAACCAGCGCGACAGCUCCAAGGUGAUGGUGCCCAGGCUCCUCAAGGAGUGGGAAAAGGAGCAGGCCAAGGCCAAGAGCGAAGAGAAUGUGUCCAGCCAGGCUAUGUAUGCCAAGCCCCCACCGUCGACCACCAACCAUGUCACAGGGGGUGGGGGGGGGGGCCGAGAGCAGCCCAGAGGAAGUAGAGCCUUCGGGCCCUACUUUCUGAUUGGCUCAGCCUACAAGCUGCUGCAGGACACCAUCACCUUUGUCAACCCCCAGCUGCUCAGGAUGUUGAUCUCAUUCACAAAGCAGAAGGGUGUUCCUGACUGGUGGGGCUACACGCUGGCCUUCCUCAUGUUCUUCACAGCCUUAUUGCAAACGCUCAUCCUGCACCGCCACUUUCAGUACUGCUUCGUCACCGGCAUGAACGUCCGCACCGCUCUCAUAGGAGCCAUCUACAGGAAGGCUUUGGUGAUAACCAACGCCGCCAAGCGUUCAUCGACAGUGGGAGAGAUUGUAAAUCUGAUGUCUGUGGACGCUCAAAGGUUCAUGGACCUCACCACCUUCCUGAACAUGCUGUGGUCUGCGCCUCUUCAGAUCAUGCUGGCUCUGUACUUCCUCUGGCAGAACCUCGGCCCGUCCGUGCUCGCCGGAGUGGCCGUCAUGAUCAUGCUCAUCCCCUUUAAUGCCGUCAUUGCCAUGAAGACGCGAGCCUACCAGGUGGAGCAGAUGAAGCACAAAGAUGACCGCAUCAAGCUGAUGAACGAGAUCCUGAACGGCAUCAAAGUCCUCAAGCUGUAUGCCUGGGAGAACUCCUUCAAAGACAAGGUCCUGGCCAUCCGGCAGAAGGAGCUCAACGUGCUGCGCAAGACAGCCUACCUGGGAGCUCUGUCCACCAUGGCCUGGACCAGUGCCCCUUUCCUUGUGGCCCUGACAUCGUUCGCUGUGUAUGUGACGGUGGACGAGAACAACGUCCUGGACGCAGAGAGGGCCUUCGUGUCCCUCUCACUUUUCAACAUCCUCAGAUUUCCCCUCAACAUGCUCCCCCAAGUCAUCAGCAGCAUCGUCCAGACCAGCGUCUCUUUGAAGCGAAUCCAGAGUUUCCUGAGUCACGAUGAGCUGGAUCCAAACUCGGUGGACAAAAAGAACACAGCCACGGAGUUCGCCGUGGCGGUGGUGAAUGGGAAAUUCACCUGGGCCAAACAAGACCCACCCGUCCUGCACAACGUCAACGUGAUGGCCCCCCCGGGCUCCCUGCUGGCGGUGGUGGGCCACGUGGGCUGUGGGAAGUCCUCCCUGAUCUCCGCCCUGCUGGGGGAAAUGGAGAAGCUGGAGGGAGAGGUUUCCAUUCGGGGGUCCGUGGCUUACGUCCCCCAGCAGGCCUGGAUACAGAACGCCACCCUGCGGGACAACAUCCUGUUUGGGAACACCUACAAUGAGCAGAAGUACCGCUGCGUUCUGGAGGCCUGCGCCUUAACCCCCGACAUGGAGGUUCUGCCCGGAGGAGACAUGACAGAAAUAGGAGAGAAGGGCAUCAACCUCUCCGGGGGUCAGAGGCAGAGGGUGAGCCUGGCUCGAGCUCUGUACAGCGACGCUGACGUCUACCUGCUGGACGACCCGCUGUCUGCGGUGGACGCCCACGUGGCCAAACACAUCUUUGACAACCUCAUAGGCCCCGAGGGAGUGCUGAAAGGCAAGACGCGCAUCCUGGUGACGCACGGCAUCAGCUUCCUGCCUCAGGUGGACAACAUCGUGGUGAUGGUGGACGGCCGGGUGUCGGAGAUGGGCUCCUACCAGGAGCUGCUCACGCAAAACGGAGCCUUCGCCGAGUUCCUGAGGAACUACGCUCUGGAGGACAUCACCGAGGAGGAAGUCACGGAGGAGUUGAUCGAGGAGGAGGAAAUGUUCCCCGAUGACGCCCUUAGCAACCACCACACAGACAUGGUUGACAACGAACCAAUCAUGAAUGAAGCCAAGAAAAGUUUCAUAAGGCAGAUCAGCAUUGUCUCGUCAGAGGGGGAGAACCCCAGAUGUCGGUCGGUGAGGAGACAUGGCUGCAGCCAAAAGAAACACCCAGAGCCGCCAGAGAAGAGGCCGCGCGAGGCCGAGAAGCUCAUCCAGGCUGAGACCGCAGAAACAGGCCGGGUAAAAACCAAAGUGUACCUAGAGUACGCCAAGGCGGUGGGGCCUCUGCUGUCGGUCAUCAUCUGCCUGCUGUACGGCUGCCAGAGCGCCGCCGCCAUCGGGGCCAACAUCUGGCUCAGCCAGUGGACCAACGACGCCGCGACAAACCAGACCAAGGAGAACGUUAACAUGAGGGUGGGGGUGUACGCGGCACUGGGCAUUGCGCAAGGUCUCCUGGUCAUGAUCUCUUCCUUCACUCUAGCCAUGGGAAACAUCGGAGCAGCCAAGAAGCUGCACUUUAACCUGCUCGCCAACAAACUUCACACCCCCCAGUCUUUCUUUGACACCACCCCUAUAGGACGCAUCAUCAACCGCUUCUCCAAGGACAUCUAUGUCAUAGACGAGGCGCUGCCGUCCACCGUGCUCAUGUUCCUGGCCACCUUCUUCGUUUCCCUCUCCACCAUGAUAGUUAUCAUUAGCAGCACGCCCAUUUUUGCUGUUGUCAUAGCCCCCCUGGCACUCGUAUACGUCUUUGUUCAGCCCAAGCACUUCCUGUCAUGCCUGCAGCCUUUAUUUUUCUACACCUUUUCACACACACUCUUAAAAACAUCUGUCAGGUUGGGAAAUGUAGUCACAAUAAGCCCAAAAGUGGAGCUCAGCUGCCCUCUAGUGGUGGGGCAGCGUGAGCACGCCUCGGUCUGUUUGUUCACUGCAGACUGGAACAAGUUUCCGGGUGUGCUGAUUUUGGUUAACUGCCUGCUGUGCCGGGCCUACAGUAUGCUGCGGGCAGCCAAGCUCACGCACCACAACAUGCUUCAGGGGGUCCUGCGAGCGCCGCAGGCCUUCUUCGAGAGCACCCCGACUGGGCGGUUACUAAACCGCUUCAGCAAAGACGUGGAUGCUAUAGACUCCCAGAUCCCAGAUAAUAUUGACAUAUGGAUGCGCACUUUCUGGUACACACUGAAUGUGCUGCUCAUAUGCUCUGCCCUCACCCCAAUGUUCCUCAUAGUCAUAGCCCCGUUAAUGGUGUUCUAUUGGUGGGUUCAGAGAUUUUACGUUGCCACGUCUCGGCAGCUUAAGCGCCUGGAGUCGGUCAGCCGCUCUCCCAUUUACUCCCAUUUCUCUGAGACCGUCACGGGCUCUAGUGUAGUCCGAGCCUAUGGCAGACACGAUGCCUUUGUUCUGAUGAGUGAUAUGAAAGUGGAUGAGAACCAAAAGAGUUACUACCCUGGUAUAGUGUCCAACAGGUGGCUGGGAGUGCGUAUCGAGUUCAUCGGGAACUGCAUCGUGCUGUUCGCCGCUCUGUUCGCCGUGACUGGAAAGGAGAAUCUGAACCCCGGCCUCGUGGGUCUGUCGGUGUCCUACGCCCUCCAGGUGACCAUGUCUCUGAACUGGAUGGUGCGCAUGACUUCAGAUCUGGAGAACAACAUAGUAGCAGUGGAGAGAGUGAAGGAAUACUCUGAGACCAAGACAGAGGCCCCCUGGGAGGUGGAGGACAAGAAGCCCCCGGCUGAGUGGCCCAUGGAGGGAAACGUGGAGUUCACCGACUACAGCGUCCGGUACCGAGAGGGCCUGGACCUGGUCCUGAAGGGCAUCACGCUGAACGUGAAGGGAGGAGAGAAGAUCGGCAUCGUGGGUCGCACCGGGGCCGGGAAGUCGUCCAUGACGCUGUGCCUCUUCAGGCUGCUGGAGGCCGCGGGGGGAGAGAUCACCAUCGACAACGUGAAGAUAUCAGAGAUCGGUCUGCACGACCUGAGGUCCAAACUCACCAUCAUUCCACAGGAGCCGGUGCUGUUCUCUGGGACGCUGAGGAUGAACCUGGACCCCUUCGACAAGUACGAAGACGAAGAGGUGUGGAAAGCCCUGGAACACUCCCACCUGCUCAAGUUUGUCAGCAACCAGCCGGCAAAACUGGAGCUGGAGUGCUCAGAGGGAGGAGAGAAUCUCAGUGUGGGCCAGAGGCAGCUGGUGUGCUUGGCCCGAGCUCUGCUGAGGAAGACCAGGAUUCUGGUCCUAGAUGAAGCUACUGCUGCUAUUGACCUGGAGACGGACGACCUCAUCCAGUCCACCAUAAGGACUCAGUUUGAGGACUCCACCGUCUUCACCAUCGCACACAGGCUCAACACCAUCAUGGACUACACAAGAGUGGUGGUGUUGGACAAGGGACAGAUAGCAGAGUUCGACACCCCCACAAACCUCAUCUCAAAGAGGGGAAUCUUCUACAGCAUGGCUAAAGACGCGGGCCUGGCGCAGUAG